AUGACCAAAAAAGGAGUUCUUAAAGUUACAGUUAUUGAAGCCAAAAAUUUGAAAGACGAAGACAAAAUCGGUAAAAGUGACCCUUAUGUUACACUUAAUAUUGGAGAAAGUACACAAAAGACAACCGUUAAGGGUGGUGACUUGAAUCCAACUUAUAAUGAAGAAUUCUUAUUCGACAUUGACGGACAAAAGGCCCUCAAAAUUGAAGUUUGGGACAAAGAUCAUUUGAACAAAGAUGAUUUGAUUGGGAAAAACGAUGUUAAACUUGCUCAUGCCAUCUCUAAAGGGAGCGAAGAUGUCUGGGUCACAAUGAGAGAACAUACUAUUGGAAGAAGCAGAGGGGAAGUUCAUUUAUCCCUAGAAUUCACUGCCGCAUAA